GUGACCUUUAAUUUGCCUUUGAUUGCAGAUUGGUGAAUGGAAAGACGUUUUUUUCAGAAUUUAUUUAUUAUUCAUCUUACCUUACCAUUCGUCCAAGGCCUCGGCGGCGGCGCUCCGGCCAUCGAGACCUAACAUCUCGAGUCACCUUUUCUUCUUUCUGUAAAGAGAACACAGACCAUGACGCCGCCGACCCGCGCGGUCCGCCACCGCUCGCGGCGCCGACUGGCCGCGCUCGCCUUCCUCUCCAACAUCUCCCUGGACGGCACGUACCGAGACACCAAGAUCAGCGGCCUGAACCAGCGGCGCGUGGCGCCGGCGCCCGCCGCCGACUCUGGUGACGUCGUGGACGCGCCCAGCGCCGCCGUCACCGUCACCGCGGCGGUACCGGCAGUGGGCUCAGAGGCCGCCGAGGUCCCGGCCCCGGUUGAUGCUGUGGACGGGUCCGGGGGCCCGUCGGCACCGGUCGCCGCGGCGGAGACGGUGGCGCCGGUGGGGGCCGGAGCGGCCCGCCCGCCGCCCGUGCUCGGCCGUCUCCGCCGACAGAAGAGUGUCGACUCGAGCUGUAACGGCGAGACGACGCGUGCCGCCGAGGCAGCCGCCGUCACACAUCGGGAGAGGUGUCUGACGGUGGGCGGCGAUUCGGACGGCAUUCUGAAGCGGUUGGUCCACCAGACCAAUAUUGGCAGUCUGCUGGACGACAUGCGAGGCGGCCACGCCAGCAGCAGCUGCGAGAGCGUCUGCGGCAGCGUGCGGAGUCACAAACUGUGCAGCAGCGUCUCGGAGGUGUCGGCGCCGGCCGUGCGGUUCGUCCACUCGGUGCGCGACCGGUGCCCGAUGGCCGACGAGCGACUGGUGCUCGUCUCGGCCGCCCGGCUGCCCCUGCUCGUGCACUCGCUGCUGCCGCCGGGCCGCGCGGCGCGCACCGGCAGACGGGAGAGACACGAGCGGUCUGACCACAGCUCGCGGCGUCGGUACAACUCCGGCAGCCGCGCGCCGCUGACCACCAUCGCUGACCGAGUGGACGCCUUCUGUCUGCUGGGACUGGAGCCGCUGCAGGAGGGACAGGAAGUGUCAUACAGCCAGCUGCUGCAGCCCUCCUCCGCUGCUUUCCGUCCGCCGCGCCGGCUUCACUCUGUGGAGAACGAGCUGGAGGCCGCCGCCGCCGUCCACCAGAGGAACACCGCCCUGCACGUGCUCAACCGCUGUGUGUCCCACGACCCGAGCGGGACCGCGCGGCCGGCCGCCACAGCGCCCUGGACGUCCGCCGACAGGGGAGACAAAGUUCUGGAGGAGGAGCCGCCUGGCGAGUCGCAGGCGAUUCCGUACGACCCUCUGCUACUGGAUAACCCGGAGACCCAGUCGGAGAACCACCGCACCGUGCUGACCUUCCGCUCCUACCGGUCGUCCAUCAUUGACUACAUGAAGCCGUCGGAGCUGAAGAGGGUGACCAAUGAGCAGUUCCGAGAGCAGUUUCCGCACAUUCAGCUCACUCUCUCCAAACUGCGCAGCCUGAAGCGCGACCUGCGCCGGAUCGCCAGUGAGUGCCACAUCGACUCCCUGAGCGUGGCCCAGGCGCACGUCUACUUCGAGAAGCUGGUGCUGCGCGGUCUGAUCGACAAGGCCAACCGCAAACUGGUGGCCGGCGCUUGCCUCCUUCUCUCGGCUAAGAUGAACGAUGUCAAGGGCGAGUCGAUGAGCCAGCUCGUAGAGAGAACGGAGACUGUGUUCCGCAUCAACCGUCGCGACCUGAUCACCUGCGAAUUCAGCGUGCUGGUGGCGCUCGAGUUUGCCCUGCACCUGCCUCCCAGUGAGGUGGAGCCCCACCUGCGCCGUCUGGAAGCCUGACGACUGUUGAUUUAGCCGGGCGGGCCGGCGGGGAGAGAAGAGAGGGACGAUGCUGCAAGAGUGUCACCCUGAAGGAGAAGAAUGACGUUGCUUCCUAUCAAAUGGAGAUAGGGUGGCGCUGUACAUAUCUCCGCUUCCGGCAAAAGGCGGGAGGCGUCCUACAGCACAUACGUCCGAGGAGAGAAUGUUGGCAGUCCUGCAUCCAAUCCCUUCGAGGAGAGAGGAGCGAUGCUACACCCAACCCCCUGAAGGACAAUGGUGACGGUGCUUUCCCUACUGAAGGAGAGUGACACCAGCUCGACCACAUGGACGAGCGAUUGACAUUAGUACAUAAGGAACAUAAGGAAACAAUGAUGUUCCGGGUGGGUUGUUCCUGCUUAAGUGGAUUUGCGCUUUUCGGGUGCGACUCAGCAUUUUUGCUGAUAAAGACUUGGUGACAAAAGAUACUGAGAUCGUAACGGGACCAGCUCGAGCUUGAAAGUGAAGACAAUGGACAGACAAAGUGGUGCACACAUUUGGGUGUCAAAGUUUUGUUUACGGAGUGUCCAAGAAACUGUCAGUGUUUUGUGGGACGUUAUAUCGUAGUGCCGGCGGCUGCUAUGGCGUGUUGGCUGCUGCUACGGUGUACCUACACUUGUGUCCGUCCUUCUCUGACAGAUCUACCAGCUUGAUCGUCCGGCAUUUCAACUGCCCCCCAUACUAGCACCAUAUACUCGUAAUUUCCUAAAACGGGCGGUGAAUAUCAAAACGGAGCUGCCUGCCACAUGCACUUUGCGUUUUUGUCGUUGGAGUAGCUAGUAAGCUGAGUGCAUCACUUCGAUGUUAUUGUAACCGUGAUUUGUCCGGGCUUACCGUUAAGCGACACUGUGCUAAAACGUGUAGCUGUGACUCGUCGGGAGCUUUCUGAGCUGUGUGUCGCUAUUGAAGCGUGGCCAUUACGUUGUCACUGGCGGCUAGCCCCAAUGUCGAUGUCGCUAACUGUUACAUGCUGCGAUAUUUUCGAGAUGCAGAGGAGUUGGAACUGAAGAGGCUCGCGUCAUCGUGCAACCGCCUGAUUGUGUGCAAUAUUGUUGAUUGUUGACGGGUGACUGCUGGGUUAAGUGUGGUUGCUUGGGUGCCGUGUGUAUUUACAAUAUUAUUGAGCGCUGACGAGUGACUGUACUGGACGUUGUUGUUUACCGUGUGCAAUAUUGUUGAGCGCUUGUGAGUGUGCGCUGGACUGGGUGCUGUGAGUUAUUAUAACUCAAAGGGACGUGCCAGCUCGCCGUUCCGUGGUGUAAGAUUCAGGCCGCGCACGGUGCUGUCGUUGGCGUGUUUCCGUUAUUCAGAUAUCCGAGGUCGCUGUUGUAAAGCUUCUGGAGUUGAGGUGUGUCCGACCCUCAAUAAACGUACACUGACAGUAA